AUGUCCGACACUCAUCAGGUUGCAGGAAAGAGAAAGAGAGCCAGGACUCAGUCUUGUCCUCCUCCCGAGCUGCCUCAGCUCGUGGCCGAACAACAUACCCCCAUCCCCCCCAGUGACAAGGAGACCAAGCGUUUGAUUGUUGUGCUCUCCCACGCCAGUCUCGAGACAUACCGCGCGUCCCACGGCGGUCGAAAUGGCGCCGGUCGCGAGGAGAAGUACUCGCUCCUGAACAGCGAUGAGCACAUUGGGGUUAUGCGCAAGAUGAAUCGAGACAUCAGCGAGGCCCGUCCCGAUAUUACCCAUCAGUGCUUGCUCACUCUUCUGGACUCCCCCAUCAACAAAGCCGGCAAGCUCCAGAUCUACAUCCAUACCGCCAAAGGCGUCCUGAUUGAAGUGAACCCCACCGUUCGCAUUCCUCGUACCUUCAAGCGAUUCGCCGGUCUCAUGGUGCAGCUGCUGCACCGUCUCUCCAUUCGCUCCACCAACUCCCAAGAGAAGCUGCUCAAGGUGAUCAAAAAUCCCAUCACCGACCAUCUGCCUCCCAACUGCCGCAAGGUCACCCUCAGUUACGAGGCCCCCGUGGUGCGGACCAGGGACUACAUCGAGUCUCUCGGGCCCAAGGAGAGUAUCUGUAUCUUCGUGGGAGCCAUGGCCAAGGGUCACGAUGACUUUGCCGAUUCCUUCAAGGACGAUACCAUCAGUAUCAGUAACUACAGUCUGAGUGCCAGUGUGGCGUGCAGCAAGUUCUGCCAUGCCGCUGAAGAGGCGUGGGAUAUUCUGUGA